UUAAAGCAGCGCUGCCAAACCCGUCCCUCAGCGGGGGUGCUCAGGUUCACCACUGGCCGCUAUUGGACACGGCAGAUACAAAUAUAUGCACGUGUUGUUGUUGUAUCUUUUAAACAAAACCCAGGCGGGAGUUUCUGUUAUAUGUUUGUUUUUUUUCAAAUCAUUACAUGUGGGCGCUGAAUCCGCACAGAGAAGCAGCAGACGACACAACUGCGCUGAACCGCCUGUUAUCGUUCAGUAUUUUAUACGACUCGGGUUUGUUAUCGUUUAUGUUGCAAGUUUAUUUUUAUUUCUUUAUUUAUUUUUGUAUUUGUUUUGCAAACGUACACAUUUAAAAUGGGAAACGGCGAAUCCAGCUUGUUCAGCAGACCGCCCUGCCCCGAGCUGUCUUUCCGACUCAAAGGCGCUCAGAGUCUGGCGGUGAUUGGCAGCGACGCAGUAGUGAACCCUCAAAGCCGCUCGGUGCCCAGCAGACACUACUACACUCUGCCCAGAACAUCUGCACCCCACGCUGGGCUCAUCCUGGAGCCCCCACGCUUCCACCCCCAGACCAAGGGCAAGAACAUCCGGCUGGACUCUCAGCUGCGCAGGGCCACACGCAAGAAUAGCUUCUGCAACGGGAUCGCCUUCAGCCAGCGGCCCGUGCGGCUGUACGAGAAGGUGCGGCUGCAGCUCUCUGGGGUGCACAAUGGCUGGAGCGGGGCGCUGCGUUUCGGAUUCACCAGCAUGGACCCCGGAGAGCUGAGCCCCUCCGACAUCCCCAAGUACGCCUGUCCCGACCUGGUGACCCGGCCCGGAUUCUGGGCCAAGGCUCUGCCAGAGAGGCUGGCCCUGAGGGACACUGUGCUGGCCUUCUGGGCUGACAGACAUGGUCGCAUCUUCUACAGCAUCAACGAGGGGGACCCUCUCCUCUUCCACUGCGGAGUCAGUGUCGGGGGACCCCUGUGGGCGAUCAUAGACAUCUACGGGAUCACACAGGAGGUCACGCUGCUGGAGAGCAUGUUUGCAGAGAGUGUGGGUUCCAGCCGGCUCAGCGCAGCCAGACUCAGCGCCUACCUCCCCCAGAGCAACCACGACUCAGCCAACUACAGCAACAACCAGCUCGAGACAAACCAAGCUGCCGCUGCCAAGAUCGCCACUCUGCAGCUGGGCAACUGCCACCAGCUCCCCCCCUGCUGCUCCUCCUCCUCCUCAUCCCGGGGCAUGCGGGGCCUUCCCCCCUUGCUGGACACUGACCUGCACUUCCACCCAGUGCGGGGCUCGGACAUCAGCCUGUCUGCUGAUCGUACGGCCGCAUGCAUCCACUGGCUGGACAGCAGCCAGACUCUACUGUUCACUGACCGGCCCCUACACGUCGGGGAGACCCUGUUUGUGGAAGUGGGCCACUUGGGGCUGCCCUAUUUCGGGGCGUUCUUGUUCGGGGUGACCUCCUGUGACCCCGGGACCCUGCGGACGAGCGAGCUGCCGUCGGACCCCGAGCUCCUGCUGGACCGCAAGGAGUACUGGGUGGUGUACAAAGGCUUCCCUGUGCCCAGCCCCGGAGACGUGCUCAGCUUCUCAUUGCUGCCCAGUGGAGAGGUCCACCAUGGGGUGAACGGGGCCUCCCGGGGCAGGCUGCUCUGUGUCGACACUUCCCAGGUUCUCUGGGCCUUCUUCAGUCUCCACGGAGCCGUCAACCGCCUGCGGAUCCUGGGGUCCAUGCAGUCCAGCCCCUCGAACGGAUCCCACGGAGGGACCCCCGACGACAGCGACUCGGACCUGGCCUUCAGUGUCAACCGCUCGUCCUCAGCAUCCGAAUCAUCCCUCGUGACGGCACCAAGCUCCCCCCUGAGCCCCCCCCUCUCCCCAGCCUUCUGCCCCCCGGAGCUGCCCCCGGGCAGCAAGAACGGAGAAUGCACCGUGUGCUUCGACCAGGAGGUGGACACGGUCAUCUACACCUGCGGGCACAUGUGCCUCUGCAACGCCUGCGGGCUCAAGCUGAAGAAACACAUCAACGCCUGCUGUCCCAUCUGCCGCCGGCCUAUCAAAGACGUCAUUAAGAUUUACAGGCCGUGAAUUUCAGAGAUUUCCCCGGGAGCUCAGCCUCGUCACCGGCUUCCCGUUUCCCUUCUUUCACUCUCGCUCCGUCCCGGGAGGAAUGGGCGUCACACACCCUGGCAGCACUGACGGCGAGAUGGAAACCUCAUACCACUGUACUGUAGUGUCCCAGAGUGAAAAUGGAUCCCCAGUGCCUUGACUGUGAUGCAGGACGGAACUGAACCUCUGUUCUGCAUGCCCAUGAAGAGCGUAUGUGUGUAUAUAUAUAUAUAUAUAUAUAUAUAUAUAUAUAUACACACACACGUGCCUCAUCUAUUAUUAUUAUUAUUAUGUAUUUCUUAGCAGACACCCUUAUCCAGGGCGACUUACAAUUGUUACAAGAUAUCACAUUAUUUUUACAUACAAUUACCCAUUUAUAAAGUUGGGUUUUUACUGGAGCAAUCUAGGUAAAGUACCUUGCUCAAGGGUACAACAGCAGUGUCCCCUACCAGGGAUUGAACCCACGACCCUCCGGUCAAGAGUCCAGAGCCCUAACCACUACUCCACACUGCUGCCCCAUCUAUAAGAGAACACACACUGCAUGCUGUAUGCUGGUAUUGUAACACACUACACUUCCACAGGUAAUGGGACGCACAGGGGAAUGUACCUAAAUCAGUGUAGCCACUUCACAGAGGAAAUCAAGAGGACUGCAAUUAUACUGUUCAGCUACUGAGCAUGUUUGUGGAGUACAUGCAUUUUCUAAAGGGGUUUAUUAAGGGAGCAGUUUAAUGCAAUGCGAUUGGAAGUCUACAGUAUGCAGUUUGCAGCACGUAAAUCUAAGUGGUUCAUCUUUUUAUCAGAAAAAAAACAAACAAACAGCAUUGAUUCUAAUAAGGAGUGAAACAUGUCAAUGAGACAAUCGGCUUUUUUAUUGCAGUUUUUAAUCUUGUUUAAUGUAACAGAUAUGUAUUAUACCACCCCAGAGGUCGGGGUCCAGUUUAUUACACCGUGUAACAAUUUUAUUUAUUUUUUUUGGUUCCUGGGUAGUAAGUGUUAUUUCCUAAUUGCUUAUGCCUCAAAAGUAUAGAAAAUGGCUAUUAUUCCCCACAAACUUUGCUUUUGUGACCAGGACAGUGAUAUUUUGAAAUUUACCUAUUUUCCAGAACAUUCCAGAUAGAUUCAGUGCUGAGUAAACUUGGAGUAACUUCUAGAACUUUCUAGAACUUUCCAAUAAUAUAAAUAGUAGUAUAAAUACAGGGGCCUUAAGCCCACCAGUUCAGUUUAGUUCCAGCUGCCUAAGUGGAUAUAUAUCUGCAUUUUUCUGAGAUGGCAUCAAGGUCAUAGGAGACUUCAAAAUGGUGGCAUUCCUGAUGGGUCUCCAAGGCGGUUUUACCAAGUUUCCCUGCUAUCUUUGCCUUUGGGACAGCAGGGACACCAAGGCGCACUACCACAGGCGGGACUGGCCACAGCGGACCGAGUUCUCUGUGGGGAGGAACAAUGUCAAGUGGGAGCCACUGGUGGACCCCCGGAAGGUGCUGAUGCCACCACUGCACAUCAAAUUGGGCCUUGUGAAACAAUUUGUCAGAGCUCUAGAUAAGGAGUCGGCAGCCUUCAAGUACCUUCAAGACUUCUUCCCUAAGCUGUCUGAGGCAAAGGUCAAAGCCGAUGUCUUCGUCGGACCACAGAUAAAGAAGAUCCUGGAGUGCAAUGAAUUCCCCAAGAAGCUCACUAGUAAGGAGAAAGCGGCUUGGAACAGCUUUGUCGCAGUGGUUCGGGGCUUCCUGGGCAAUCACAAGGCCGAAAACUAUGUGGAGCUGGUUGAGACUCUGGUGAAGAACUACGGCACAAUGGGCUGUAGGAUGUCCCUCAAAGUCCAUAUCCUUGAUGCUCAUCUUGAUAAAUUGAAGGAGAACAUGGGAGCGUACUCGGAGGAGCAAGGCGAGCGCUUCCACCAGGAUAUACUGGACUUUGAACGCCACUACCAAGGACAGUAUAACGAGAAUGUGAUGGGAGACUACAUUUGGGGGCUGAUUUGUGAAAGUGAUUUACAGUAUAAUCGUAAAUCUCGAAAAACUACUCACUUCUAAAUCUUUUGUAGUCAUUUUUGUAUUACUUUAGUAUAAAUACAUGUUAAUUUGGAUUCAUAUGUUGUUGUUUUCUGACUUUAUGUGAACGAAAAGACACAAAUUCGCCCGUUUUCUCAUUGGAAAUAGGUAAAUUUCAAAAUAUCACUGUCCUGAUAUAUGUCCAAAAUAUAACCCCUCCUUCCCAAUGCAGGAAGGAAUACCUCACUGAGCGGUGAGGGAAGUUUGGGUCUUUUUCUAUUAUUUCAUUUCUGCAGCUUGGCAUCGAUUGCUAGACCUUUUUUUCCCAAUUUAAAUAAAUACACACUUGCAGGAAUAGAUUGCACCAAGGAUUGUGAGAUCCAAGUGGUUAAACCGAAUGCACUGCAGAUGACUAUUAAGAAAUAAAGACAUCACAGUCCCUGGAGCCAGAACCUGUAUGUCCAUGCCGGUAUGUGAGACAGAUUAUAACUUCGUGGUGCCUUAUCAGGGGAAGCUUUUGCACUAUUGACAAUAGAUAGAACAAGCUGUCACCUCCAACUGACUCUUACGUCUGUGUAUAUAUAUAUAUAUAUAUAUAUAUAUAUAUAUAUAUAUAUAUAUAUAUACACACACACACACACACACACAUAGACUAAAACAAAUAUUUUGUAUAUUUUAAUGCUAUAAAUCAGUUGUAGCUGAAAUGCAUUAGAUCUAAAGCAUGUCUAAAUCCUCACUAGUCUGUUCAGUAUUCUGAAUUUCACCAGCAGCGGUCAGCUCUCAGCUGGAAUUGUUUGAAUGGCGAGAAUGCAAUCAUACUCCCAGAGUGUAAUCCCAAGAAUGCACACUAGAGGGCAGCCUUACCCAGCUUGACAAACCGGCACACAUGUUUGUCCAUGAUAGGGCUGCUUUGAGUGCUGUCCACCAGUGCUGCCAGGUUUUCCAAAGCUGGUAGAAGGCUUACAGACAAGAUUGGUGUCUAUCUGCUCAUUUCCUCUCUUUUUUUACUUGGGUAUAUUUGUAAAUACAUGUUUUUGUAUAAUUGGAUUUUCAGUGAUCUUACUGGGUGUUUAUUAGCAUGCUUAUUUCCACUGCUAUUAAAAGCUUUAACCAUGUUUAAAAAAACAAAACCCUAAUACUACCCAGCUGGAAAAAUGAACACAUUCAGAUAAACUGAGAAAAGUGUGAACAGUAACAGCUCUGUAAUCCACACCUGAAUGGGACCAGAGGGCAAAACCGAGUUGUUCGGCUAAUUGAACUGCAACUGUGAAAUUGUUUACAUGACUUUCCCAAUCAAGCGACUUCGUGAAAAGAUACAAUGCAGAAGAGCACAGCACACAACAGGACAGGCUACCAAGGGUCUAAAAACGACCAAACGAAUUCUACAGGACGCUAUUGGGGUUUUCAGGGUGUCAUACCAGCAAUUUAAAUAAAAUCUUUUAAAUAUAAUUAAAAAAAAAAAA